GUUCCGGGAUGUGAAUGGAGAGCUCGUAGCUGUCCAGCGCUCCAUGAUCUGCACCCAGAAGGGCAAGGCUCCGGAAUUCAGAACGCUGGAAUCUGUCAUUACCAGAACAAAGUAACGGGGAGAAGAUCUGCAGCCUGAGUUCCAAGUGUGCAGAAAUAGACCGGGAGAUGAUCAGCGCCCUCGGUGUUUCCAAAUCGGUGCUAAACAACGUCAUUUUCUGCCACCAAGAAGAAUCCAACUGGCCCUUAAGUGAAGGAAAGGCCCUCAAGCAAAAAUUUGAUGAGAUCUUCUCCGCAACAAGGUACAUUAAAGCACUCGAGGCUCUGCGUCAGGUACGACUGAAACAGGGCUUGAAAGUAAAAGAGUGUCAGACAGAACUGAAAUAUCUGAAACAAAACAAAGAGAAAGCCCAGGAAAUCCAGGAUCUUCUUAGCAAAAGAGAGGCUCAACUGGCUGCUUCUAAGGAGAAUGUAAAAACAAUUGAGAGCCAGCUUGAACCUCUAAAGAGUUCUCUGACAGCAGUUGAGCAGAAUCUCACAAAAGUAAUGAGGCUGGACAAUGAUGUGAAGGCCCUGGAGAGCAGGAGGCAGCAAAUGGAGAAAGAUAAUCAAGAUUUGCAACAGAAGAUGGAAAAGGUUUUCCAAGGAACAGAUGAACAACUGAGGGACAGAUACCAGAACCACCAGAGAAUAGUGAAGGAGAAGGAGAAGAGAUUGUUGGACUAUAAACGUGACUUGGACAGAGCCACUAAAGAAUGCCAGAGGUUCAACAGUGAGAAAUCAGAGCUGCUUGUUGAACGAGGUCGUCUGCAGCUGCAGGCAGAUCGGCACCAGGAGCACAUCAUGACCAGGGAUUCCUUGAUUCAGUCCCUGGCAGCACAGCUGGAAUUGGAUGGGUUUGAGCGAGCCCCUUUCAGUGAAAGGCACAUUACCAGCUUUCACAGGUUGGUGAAGGAGAGACAGGAGAGAGACACAGAAGCUGCAAAUCAGUUGAUGAGAGACUUUGCACGAAAAGAAGCAAUGAAACAAAAGCAGAUAGAUGAAAUAAGAGACAAGAAAACUGGGCUAGAAAGAACCAUUGACCUGAAGUCAGACAUUCAAAAUAGGAAACAAGAUGAGCUGAAGAAAGUGAAAUGUGAAUUGCAGCAGUUGGAGGGGUUUUCAGGCAGAAUUAGUGAGCUGGAUGAGGAGAUUGGCAAGACGGAACAUGACCUGGAGAAGGCUGAGAGGAACAGCAAUGUAGAAACACUGGAACGGGAAGUAGAGAGUCUGCAAAAUGAGAAAAUGAGCCUGGACAGAGCUCUCAGGAGGCUGGAUCAAGAGAUGGAGCAGUUGAAUCUACACACCACAGCAAUUACCCAAAUGGAGAUGCUGAAGAAAGACAAAGCAGAGAAAGAAGAGCAGAUUAGAAAAGUAAAAUCAAGACAUUCUGAGGAGCUAACAUCCCUGUUGGGAUACUUCCCAAAUAAAAAGCAACUUGAAGACUGGCUUCAUGGUAAAAAUAAAAGGAUUAAUCAGACAAGGGAUACCCUUGCUAACCUUAACAAGCGGCUGGCAUUGAUAGAAAAUGACAAAACUUAUACCACUAAUGAACUAAAAAAAAAAGAAGCACAGUUGUCCCAGCAUGAAGCAAAAAUUUUUGAUGUUUGUGGAAGUCAAGAUUUUGACAGCGAUCUGAACAAACUUCAAGAUGAAAUUGAAAAAAGUUCCAAACAGCGAGCUGUGCUUGCUGGAGCCACUGCAGUCUAUUCACAGUUCAUUACCCAGCUGACAGAGGAGACCCAGUCUUGCUGUCCAGUGUGCCAGCGAGUUUUUCAGACAGAGGCUGAGCUGCAGGAUGUCAUCAGUGACCUGCAGUCCAAGCUGCGCCUCGCCCCAGACAAACUGAAGUCAACAGAGACUGAGCUUAAGAGGAAGGAGAAAAAACGUGAUGAAAUGAUGAGCCUUCAACCAGUGAGGCAAACUGUAGCUGAACUUGAAAAGGAAAUUCCAGACCUGAAGAACAAGAUCCAGAAUGCAAUCAGAGAUUUAACAGUCCUGAAGAAUGAGAUAGAAGAACAGGAAUCAUUCCUGCAGACAGCUUUGUCUGAGGAGGGCAGUGCCAAAGCAUGUUUACAGGAUAUAACACUGAUGGAAAGGUACCAGAUUGAUAUUAGGGACGUUGAACGAAAAAUUGCUCAGCAGGAGGCUAAACUGCUGGGGGUCAAUUUGAGUAGGACUGUUCAACAAGUAAGCCAAGAAAAACAAGAGAAAAAACACUCUUGGGAUACAGUCGCUGGUAAAAUUGAUUUAAAGCAGAAGCUGAAGCAGGACCAGCAAAGUGAGAUUCAGCAGCUGAAGAGCACAGUGAAUGAGCUCAGAGCAGAGAGGCUGCAGAUGGUGAGCAGCAUGCAGCGCCGGCAGCAGCUGCAGGAGCAGACCGUGGAGCUCACCACCGAGGUUCAGUCCUUGGGCAGAGACAUCAAGGAAGCAAAAGAACAGGUAUUUCCUUUGGAUGCAACUUUAGAAAAACUGCAGCAGGAGAAGGAGGAUCUAGUGAAUAAAAGGACUGCAAGUAAUAAAGAAACACAAGAGAAGAUAAAUGGCAUAAAUGAGAAAGUUAAAGAUAUAAACAAGUACAUGAAAGAAAUUGAAAAUUAUAUUCAACAAGGAAAAGAAGACUAUAAAAAGCAAAAGGAGUCUGAACUUGCUGAAGUAAAUUCUCAUUUGGCUGCCUGUGAGAAACAGAAGGAAAAGAUAAGUAAAGAGAUGGAAAUGACUCGACAAGAUAUUGACACUCAAAAGGUGCAGGAGAGGUGGCUGGAGGAUAAUCUUACUCUGAGGAACCGGAACGAGGAGCUAAAAAAAGUAGAAGACAAGAUAAAACAACUUAUGAAGGAGAUGGGAGAAAUGAAAGUCCCGCAAAUGAAAAAUGAACAAAAGCAUUUAGAGGAGGAAAUAGAAUCUCUGAAAAGGAACCAUCACGUUGCCCUUGGGCGCCAGAGGGGCUUUGAGGAGGAGAUCGUUCGGUUUCGGAAGGAGCUUCGAGAGCCGCAGUUCAAAGAUGCAGAGGACAAAUACAGGGACAUGAUGAUUGUUAUGAGGACAACAGAGCUGGUGAACAAAGACCUGGACCUUUAUUACAAGGCUCUUGAUAAAGCAAUAAUGACAUUCCAUAGCAUGAAGAUGGAAGAAAUCAACAAGAUAAUUCGUGACCUUUGGCGAAGCAUUUACAGAGGACAAGAUAUUGAAUAUAUAGAAAUUCGUUCUGAUGCCGACGAGAACGUCUCGGCCGCUGAUAAGAGACGAAACUACAAUUACAGGGUGGUGAUGGUGAAGGGGGAUACGGCCCUGGACAUGCGAGGCAGAUGCAGUGCUGGGCAGAAGGUGCUCGCUUCUCUCAUCAUUCGCCUUGCCCUGGCAGAAACGUUCUGUCUCAACUGCGGCAUCCUGGCACUGGACGAGCCUACGACCAACCUGGACCGAGAGAACAUCGAGUCUCUGGCACAUGCCCUCGUGGAGAUAAUAAAAAGCCGCUCCCAACAGCGGAACUUCCAGCUCCUGGUGAUAACUCACGAUGAGGAUUUUGUGGAACUUCUGGGCCGUUCUAAAUACGUGGAAACCUUCUUCAGGAUCAGGAAGAACUCUGACCAGUGCUCUGAGAUCAUGAAGUGCAGUGUCAGCUCCCUGGGCUCGUAUGUUCAUUAGAACAUCCAGUGACUGCACAUCACAGACCUGACACAUCCCACACUGCCUGCCUUGGCACAGCUCAGGUGAAGGUGCCUGGAAAUGCAGGUCCUUUGUGUCGCAUUCUGUCGAAGAUUUGUCACUGUUUUAGCCGAGUCUAAAACUGUAAGACUUUUAAACUUUAUAGCUUUCCACAUAUUUCUGUGCCUGGGCUUAGGAAUUGCCAUGAUUUGAAAGAAUUCGAGUGAAUACCAGGCAGUUUAAUUCAGGUGUAUUCUAUGCUUUAAAAGGGAAAAUAAAGUUGUGAGUUCUUUGUGUA